AUGGCUCUUACCAAGCAGACUUUAACUCUUAUUUCCAUUUUUGUCCUCUUAUUCUCUAUGUUAUAUGCUAAAGAAACGUCUUCCCCUACCCCAAACCCUUCACCUAAACCGGCUGCCGCCAGCCCCAGCGCUCUCUCUCACCUUUUCAAUCUAUUGCCUUCUAUUGGGGUAAAAAAGGCAGUGGUUGCAACACCGACCAAAGGGGCUAAGGUUGCAUCCAAACAACUGCAAGCAGUGGAACAAAAAUUGGUUGCAUUCAGCGUAGACAUCAAGUACCGAUUGGCGGACCCCAAGACACCACAACCGACAAGAAAGUGCCUCAUUAAGUGUGAUGAAAACUUUAGUGCUGCCAUUGGUGAUGCUAGAACCAGCAUCGAAAGCAUCGACAAAGCAAACAUAACCAAGGCCUAUUUUGACAUUAACGCCGUUUCAAGAGAUAUCGCCACGUGCCACGACUGUUUCAAGGAGACGAACGUCGAGGAUGCUGAGGUCAAAAGUUUUGAUGAAUGGGUUCAAGGGGUCAUCGGAGAUUGCUAUCGAAAUCUCCAAAUAGUCUAA